GUGUGUUUAAAAAUCUCGACAACCACAACGUUCACUCUUUUCCAAUUUUCGGACAAAACAUAAAGACGAAAAAUAACGAAAAUGACCUCGAAUAAUGAUCAUGACGCUAUGGAUACCUCUUCUAGUUCGACGAAUGCCCACAUGAACCAAGACGUCAAACCUGGUGUCUCUUUGUGCGAUUUCACACUCCAACUCGAAGACUAUACACCCACCAUACCAGAUUCUGUGUCGGCCUACUACAUGAGUAAAGCCGGAUUUGAAGCCAAUGAUCCAAGAAUUGUUAGAUUGAUAUCACUUGCUGCCCAGAAGUUUAUAUCAGAUGUCGCAAAUGAUGCAUUACAACAUUGUAAGAUGAGAGGUGCUGGACAGAGCUCGAAGAAACAAGGCAAGGACAAGAAGUACACACUAACGAUGGAAGAUCUCACCCCUGCGUUGGCCGAGUACGGAAUAAACGUAAAAAAGCCUCAUUAUUACUCAUGAAGUUGCAGUCGCCGUGAAAACAAUGACUUAAUGAUGUUAUACUUGAUUAUUAUGUCAGUAACUUUGUGGAGAAAAGACCACUCGCCCACACUUUGUCUAUUUCAAUUGAAAGAUACUAAAUGACAUUGUGAGAUGCCUGCUUGACAUCUAGCUUGAAUUGAAUAUUCCAGACUGAUCUAAGAUCGGUGAGACUAGACUAAAGACAGCAGAACACUCGUAUAAUGUAACAAGUGUUUGUAACAGUUUUCUGGUUGAAAUUACAAGAUAUCCAAGUGCAGUUUCCCAGUCCAGUAAUAUUUACUUUAAAGGGGUACGCCGUACGUAAUUACUGGUGGUCCAGGAAAAGAAAAAUGCAGGUAUACAAAAUGCAUUGGUGCAGUUAUCAUGCACACGAAUUAGCUGAAACUCUGAUAGGUCUUAUUCUCUACAAGGGCAUUGUUGAAACUUAUAUUCAGUUAAUAUGAACAUGUACAUAUUUACACGAUUUGAAAUUUUCAAAUUUGAUUGCAAGUUUCAAAUAUUCAACAAAUAGCAUAGGCCUUUAGGGAGAAUUUGGUCUCGCGUCUUUUACUACUGAGUGAGGAUAUGUGUACUUUUAUUUAUUCUUCCAGUGAAUUUUUAUUGGACAACGUGUAUAAAAAGAAACAAAAUAAAAUCAUAGUAA